GGAAGAGCGUGUGAAUUGAAGCAAAUACUUCUUCUGAGUGGGAACAGGAACAGCAGAGCCGAGUGUGAUAGUUAUUUUUGGGUUUACCUGCAAUGGAAUUGAAUAGAAACCCACAUUACAUAUUCGGCUCUGCUUCAUUUGUAUGCCCUCCUGAGUCCUAGAUGGUAGUUGUUACCUGUUUUCCAGGGAAAGGAGCUUUUAAGGUGUCCAUAACGGAGGACCAUGUCUGGCAGCUUCUAUUUCGUUAUUGUGGGACAUCAUGACAAUCCAGUAUUUGAGAUGGAAUUUCUGCCUCCAGGAAAGACUGAAUCCAAGGAUGAUCAUCGCCAUCUGAACCAGUUCAUAGCACAUGCAGCCCUGGACCUUGUGGAUGAGAACAUGUGGCUGUCCAACAACAUGUACCUCAAGACAGUUGACAAAUUCAAUGAAUGGUUUGUUUCUGCAUUUGUAACUGCUGGACAUAUGAGAUUUAUUAUGCUCCAUGAUGUUCGACAAGAAGAUGGGAUUAAAAAUUUCUUCAAUGAAGCGUAUGAUUUGUACAUUAAGUUUGCUAUGAAUCCAUUUUAUGAAGCGAAUACUCCAAUACGAUCAACUGCAUUUGACCGCAAAAUCCAGUUCCUUGGAAAGAAACAUCUACUAAGCUGAAUAGGGGCUACAUUCCGACAUGUGAGAUCCUACAGAUGUUGUGAUCUGUGGUGGGAGCCACAAAUGAAUUACUUCAAUGGAAAGUCAUAUAAGCAUAUGAACACAAUAAUAAUCUUUCAAAGGAUGUGGUAUUUGGUGGGCAGAUGGAAGGGCUGUUUCAUGUCGGAUUAUCUGAUCAUUCCCACAAUUGUAAAUAUAAGCCAUGUAUAUAGUGUAUGUCCUGGACAAAUACUUUAUUGCUAUGUACUUAUUGUAUUGCUUUUUGUUUGUAGAUCUCUUCCUGACAUACUUGUGACAUUCAUGCUUGUUCAGAUUUGGUUAUUUAUGUGUGCAAUUUCAGAAAUAUUUUAGGCCAUGAAAAAUAAACAUUUCUGUGAGUCA